AUGACUAAAAUAUCCUCUAACUACCGCGUUAUCCUCUUACUGCUUUAUGAGGUCAUUUUUGGAAUGACGAAAAGUUUCUUAUUCCGGUCUGAUCAAAGCUCUCUCAUCGGUUCACUACAAAAUCGAUCGAUUAUGGAUUGUUAUGCGGGAAGAAAUUUCGAAGAUCUUGUUGUGCCUAAUUACCAAGAGUCUUCAUCAGAGACGUACCCAUCUAACGGUAUGUGGGGUGGAUGGAGCAUGAACUCCCCUGAAGCUGCGGAGAAAUGUUUCGAUUACGAUGGUUUCAGUGGAGGAGAAGGCUUGUUGUACAGUCAGAUGGAUAUGAAGACGAGCGAAGAAGAAGAGGAAGAGUCUAAGAGAUCAAAGGCUUUCUACGGCGCUUCUUCGCUUCACGAUUUCGAAGGAAUCGAGCAGAUGGAUGAUAUAUUCUUGAGUUCAAUUUUGGAGGAUAAUGAUGGAGAUGUGCAUCGUACUUCCAGCAGCAAUAACAGUGUUGGAUCUUCCGCUAUGUAUGGUGGCAGCGAAGUUCCCAUGUUCCAUUGUCAUGUCAUGCCUGUAAAGGGAGAAGAGAACAUGUUCGAUUCAAACUAUGUGGAUGAUCUGUCUUCUGAAGAACUCGUGUUGCAGGAUCUACAGAUUGCUUCAGGAAAGUUGACUGAUGUGGCGCGCAAAUGUUUCCGUGAUACCUUUUACCGACUUGCAAGGAACUCGCAAGACAAGACUGAUUCAGUCAGCAACAACUCAGAAGAGUUCCAUAUGCAAGCGUCCAGAUUUGAUUAUGGUGAUAAUACAAGGUUGAGUAGAGAGGAAGAGAUAGAGUCAGAGACAAACUCAAUCGAUAGAGCCAUUGCAAACCUCACAUUCAACAAGAUGGAAUCCAACAUUAGCAACUUUCCUCUAUCGGAAAGAGUACAGUAG